AUGGACUUUCAGUCUCAAUCAAUUAGCGAACUCAUGAAAAGAAGUUUACAAUACGACUAUUCCAACCUCACUCCUUACUCCACUUGGCUAGACAUUGCAGAUAGUUUUCUAGAACAAGCAAUACAAGGGUUAGAAACUAGUAAUUAUGAGAAAGCAUACAUUGAUUUGGCCCGGUUUAUUGAUUUAAUUCUUAAUAAGUUACCGCUUCAUCCUGAUUUUUAUCCCAAUGAAAGAUAUGAAGAUUUCAAACAUUCGGAAAUCCCCGAGGCUUUGAAGACUACUAGGGAUAUCUUAAAUAAACUCAUGAAGACUAAAGAGAAUUCCAGGACAUUUAAGGUGACUUCAAUGGGAAUACCAAUUAAUGACCGUGCCGAUUUGAUGAGCUUUAUUAACAAUGAAAAUUCAACCGCUUGCCAACAUCAAGAUGAAGAUCAAAAUAUCUCCCAAUUUUACUGUAGUUAUCCAUAUGAAACCAUGCUGCCUAAUAGCCUCACAGUGAACAGUUUUGGAAUCAAUAUUGCCAAAAUUGAUCAUGAAUAUAAUAGUGUCUCAAACAUAUCUAAAUUUCAAACCCCCAAUUCUUACUCAAGUUGUCAGGCAAUGAAUUAUAUACAUUCAAGUCGUGAUUUCCCAAACCGAGCCUCCGAGGAGGAUAAUUUUGCUUCACCAUUAACCCCAGAACGCACCACUUUUGCCUUGGUUAAUAAUAAUGAUUAUUCUUUACAUGACUAUAAUGCGAGUAUUGAACAUAAUAAUAAUAAUAAUCCUGAUUCAUCUUCAAGAGACCACAAAACUCGUGAACGACUGACAAGCUCGAGAAGAAGAUCCAGCAGACAAUCCAGUAUGCGAUACUCUUACCAUUUUGAUGAUGACAUGCUGAAUAAUUAUAGUGAUGAAAAUGAGCUAAUGGGUUUCAAUAGUGGAAAAGUGGCUCAGAAUAAUCAUAACCAAAAUAUUGAAGAGGCGAUCGAAGAGAUGGAAGGGAGCAUAUCUGCUUUGGAGACUUCAUCAAUUAAUAAUGAUUCGGAACAUAAGAGAUGGUUUUUCUUUAGCUUCUGCUAA